AGCAUUCAUGCACAAAAGAGACAAAGAGGGCCCGGAUUUGGCUUCGAAACGGCCAAAUGUUCCUUCUUCGACCCAUCUCUAGGACUCGCGCCAUGGCACGUCAGAUGUCCGUGCUGAAGGGCAGCUUUCCACAGAGCGGAGUAGCGGACUCCAGCAAGCCCAGCGUGUCGAAGGUCAUGAAGGAAAUGUUGCAGAAUCAGACUCCCAUGGGCAGCUCAAGUCCCACCAAGCGCGUGAUCGAAUCAGACUCGCGAAGGAUGCCUGAGCACCUGCCCAAGUCCUACUUGCCCAAGGCCUCUUCUGGUCCAGUGCCUGCAGCAGACCUCAACCGGCAAGGCGCCGCCUUCCGCGGUUUAGGCAUGGCCCGGGAGGAGAGAGGAGCUGUGGCGGAGAGGGUUUGGAGGCCACCUGGAUGGAAGAAAGGUCAGGAGGUGGAGAAUGGACCUGAGGUGGAGAUGAGACCGAAAGUAGAGGUUUGGGGCAUGCGAGCUGUGAUCUUUCUGGUGUUCGCUGCCCUCUACAUCGAGUUCAAAGAUGCGUCCAUCAGCCCGACCGGCCACAUCACGCGAAAACCCCGGCCGCAAAGGCACUUGACCCCACAGGAAGAAGAGGAGGAGAGGGAGAGGCAAUUGAAAGCUCAAAAAAAGUAGCCCUGGCAAGAGCCUGUCGCCCUGCUGUUUGGCCAGGCUCAUUUGCCAAAGACCUGGGAACAAAACCAAGGACUUUGGUAACUGCACCCUCUCAGGAGUAGAUUGGAAAGAGAUUGUUCCGAUUGUUCCUGUCAACGAUUCCCAGAUCAGCAGAUUUGUACAGAGAUCCGACGUCCUUUGGACCAAAGCCGCCGUUAAAGACCAGCCCAUUUGUCAAAAUCUGGUACUGCUUGGAGUGGUUUUAAUCUGGUGACGAGGUCGAAGCACCCGGUCUGUUUGUUUCAAUCAUUUCGCAAACUCACCUGCCAGGCAACGGACAGGUGCAAUAUCGGAGAAUGUUGUUCUCUGGGUUCAUUAUAGAGGCUUUGGAUUUUUCUCGGCCAGGUCGCCGGUCUUUUUCACCUUAGGUGGUUUUUUUGAAGUUUCAGUCUCAAUGCCAGAACAGCUGUAUGAGUCCUUUGUUCAUGAAAGACACCCAUGAAGACACCUGCCGGCUGUAGCCCUCCGCUUGCACCUUUCUAGCCGGUGGCCACAUUUCUAUCUCCCUCUCCCAGAUUUAAACCCUUUCAAGAUACACAUGUUUGAUGUCGAAAUCCUGAAUGGAUGUUUGUAUGUAUGGCCGCACGCCCAUUUCAAGUUCUGUUGGGGCCAGCUCUUCUGAGUCUGACAGAGCGCCAUAACGCCUCGAACAGCUGGCAAACCAGCUGAUAAACAGCCCAAAUACAUGGGCUCAACUUCGCACCCACGGGCUGAUUAGGCCAAUUGGAGAAACCUUCAGCAAGCCUCCUCAACAAAGCCAAGAGACGCCACCUUUAAUUUAAGUCUUCCAGCUGGUGGAGUGACUUCACAUAGAGAUUCAAAAAUGAGUGGUGAUAUGCGACGAUUCUUUCGGAGCCACUUGAUCGAAAAGGAUCGAAAAGGAACAUAUUUUAAUAUACAGCCGAGACAAGACCAUUGUAAGACCUGCUGCAAGAGGGAAUAUAUGUAUAUGUAUAUAGUAUUUCAUAGUAUUUCCAUUGUUUUCUUUGAACCAUCCAGCUGUGGGUGUUACUGAAAAUGCUCGAAAAUCCACUCUUGUUUGGCAUCCCGAAACCUGUCAACAGGGUGAUCCGGAUCAGGACUAGCCCUCGCGUGUAUUUCGUGCGCAGACGUGG